CUGUUGUUGGACCCAAUCGCUAUCGUAAUGGUUUUGGUUCUAUACGGUUCGCCUCUUCAAUGUUGCGAUUCCGAGUGAGGGUUUUACCAUUUCAACACAACACUCCAACAACAAUACCCUUUUCGUCCCAAGUAUCAUCUCUUUCUCAAUUUCUUUUCAUUUCCAUAUUUCUUCUUCUUCUUUAUUUUAGUUCUUACUAAUCUUUUCUCAACUCACUGCACUCUCCCAACUUAUUGGGUUGCUAACCUAAUCGCUAUCAAUUUCUGGGUGAAUAUAGCCAUAUAGGUAUGGGCCUGAGAACUACUGUGGGCCCAAAUAUUCUCUGCUGUUUUCUGCUUACACAUUAUCUCUCCUUUUCCCCCCUAUAUUAUCUCGUGCAGCACUGCAAUUGAAUUUUGCUACGCGCAGGUUGAGAUUGUAGAACAUGAUGCACUCUGUGAAGAGUGGAUGGGGCAAAACCUUUGCCCUUGCUAAGCACAACGAAUCUCAAGGGAAAAAGACUCGGAUUCGCCGCUCCAAGGAGGAAAGAAAGGCUAUGGUUGAGUCCUUCAUUAAGAAGUACCAAGAGUCGAACAAUGGAAACUUUCCAUCACUUAAUAUUACACAUAAAGAAGUUGGUGGCUCUUUCUACACAGUACGGGAGAUUGUACGUGAUAUAAUUCAAGAAAAUAGAGUGUUGGGUCCUGCUAAGUUCACUUUAGAAGAGCUAAACGCUGACCACUUUUUUGAACAAAAUCCACUGGGUUCAAUUGCAAGAGAUCCUCAACCUUUAUCGGCUGCGUCAUCAAUUGAAAAUUGUUCUGAGAAUGACAAACUUUCUGAUACAAAUAGCAAAGUGAUUUCUGUUUCUGAUGGGUCUUAUACUGAAGCUGCGCACCAGGUGGUUGACAAUGGGCAUAUCAUAAGUGUUGGCCACGUAGAUGUGACAAACAAGAAACCCAUAGAAGUGGCUGUUGUUGCUGAUGAGCAUCCAAUGGUUGACAAAGGGCAUACCAUGAAUGUUAGCCAGGUAGAUGUGAUGAACAAUGAAUCUGUGAAAACUGCUGCUGUUUCUGAUGGGUGUUUCACUGAAACUGAGCACAAAAUUGUUGACAAAGGGCAUGUCUUAAAUGGUAGCCAGGUGAAUAUGAUAAACAAGGAAUCUGAUGAAGCUGCUAUCCCUGAGGUGCAGGUAGGUGAUCCUACGACACUCAAACAAAAUGUUGAACAAGAGUUGAAAGCUGCCACAACACCAAUGGCUAAAGUAACCGCUGUGGCAGAUGAUUUGAUAGUAGAGACAUUUCCAUUAAGGUCUGUUUCCAGGACUACUGAUGGAAUAAAAAAUCUGGGAGGGUUGAGGGACUCAAGUAAUUCACCCGAGAAUGACAUAAAAACGGUUGAAUUGAAACAAGGCGUGGGUAAAUCUGAGUUAAAUGGUAUAGAGCCAUCAAAGAAUUUGAACUUAUUGGACGAGAAAUUUGAGGAUUCCCAUGGAAAUCAAAUAUUAAAGAACAUCCCUGACACUGGGCUUGAUAAGGAUGAGAAUGUAGGAGAUAUGUUUGAAGAAAGCUCCAAUCAUUCUACCAUUGAACAUUUUGAUCAUCAUGGAUUUGAAGAUCACAUUAAUCCUCAAGCUAGAGUAUCUCAUCAAAAUACCAUAACCUACGGAACCGUUAAGCAAGGCCACAUGAUGGAUGGAGCUAAGACAAGCACUCAAAUCAAUAACAUCAGCAAGACUUAUAAACCUUCAGAGGAAGAUGGUGGCCUGCUAAAAACUGAUAUCCAUAGAGUUGAUGGUCAACAUGGUGGCAACUCUCAGAGAAGCAGCAACACAACUGUGGAUAGGAUCAAUCUAGAAUCUUGGGAUGGAGCAACUAAGAAUUCCGCAAGACGAGAAUCCAACCCAUUUUUAGCUGUUUUGAAAGUUUUAGCUGAUGCUUUUGUGAAAUUUUGGUCCGGAUGAAGAUUUUAAUGUUGUUUCUUUCUUUGUUGUGGUAUGUAUGGUGAUGGUGGAGUUGAUGUUUUGUACCAUCCUUUUAUGUAGGCUUGAUCAAUUAACAAGCUCGUCAUUUUUGUUCUCCUUUUUUUUUCUUUUUAAAUUACAACGAUCUUGUUGUUUUCAAUUUCAUAGAUGAGCCGAUUGUGGUAUAAUCAUGUAAGUUCAGUUGUGUUUAGUAUAAUUAGUAGACGAGAUGCAGCUCUAGUAUUUCAA